UUCCGGUGAUAAAAUAGAGCCACAAGCAGCCAGCGAGCAGGUCAGAGCGGAGGAAUUCGGCGAAAACGAAAGCCGAGUCUCCUGCUCACAGUUACCGCUACCACGAAGAGCUCCGGGGCUGGGCCCAUGAUAGCUCAGCAGGGACACAUCUUAAUCUCACGCGGCGGGGCAUUCUGGAAGAGACGGAGACACCUCGGGAGGAUGUCCCACAGCACGAACCGGGAGUGAAAAUCUUCUCAGCAAGAUGUGAGAUGAUGCGGGAGAAAACUGCGACGGAGGCCAGCGACAUGGUGUUGGUCCGGAGCUCGCACGGCCGAAGCCGAGCCAGAGUGACUCACGCCGUGGUGGUGAUCUUCUUGGAGUUCUUUGCGUGGGGCCUGCUCACCACGCCCAUGCUGACCGUCCUGCGCGAUGUGUUUCCUCAGCACACCUUCCUGAUGAACGGCCUGGUGCAGGGGGUCAAGGGUUUCCUGUCAUUUCUGUCGGCUCCUCUGAUUGGUGCUCUGUCAGACAUCUGGGGCAGGAAGUCCUUCCUCCUCAUGACGGUGUUCUUCACCUGCGCCCCCAUCCCCUUCAUGAAGAUCAGCCCCUGGUGGUAUUUCGCUCUCAUCUCAGUCUCCGGGAUUUUCGCGGUGACCUUUUCGGUAAUCUUUGCCUACGUCGCCGACAUCACAGAGGAACACGAGAGGAGUACGGCCUACGGACUGGUCUCUGCGACCUUCGCGGCCAGCCUGGUGACGAGUCCGGCCAUCGGGGUCUACCUGUCUGAGCAGUACGGAGACAGCCUGGUGGUCCUUGUUGCCACGGUGAUUGCUGUGGCAGAUAUUGCGUUUGUGUUCUUCGUCGUCCCCGAGUCGCUGCCGGACAAGAUGAGGCUGACGUCCUGGGGGUUCCCCAUCUCCUGGGAGCAGGCCGACCCCUUCGCCUCUCUGCGUCGGGUGGGGAAAGACACCACGGUGCUGCUGAUCUGCGUCACCGUGUUCCUGUCCUACCUGCCUGAAGCCGGGCAGUACUCCAGCUUCUUCCUCUACCUGCGACAGGUGAUCGAGUUUUCUCCGGCAGCCAUCACCGGCUUCAUCGCCAUGGUGGGAAUCCUCUCUAUAGUCGCUCAGACGGUCUUCUUCGGGGUUCUGAUGAGGACCAUCGGUAAGAAGAACACGGUUCUUCUCGGCCUGGCCUUUCAGCUGUUCCAGCUGGUCUGGUACGGCUUCGGCUCCGAGCCGUGGAUGAUGUGGGCAGCAGGAACUGUAGCGGCCAUGUCUUCGAUCACCUUCCCAGCAAUCUCUGCUCUGGUGUCACACAGCGCCUCACCCGACCAGCAAGGUGUGGCACAGGGGAUGAUCACAGGUAUCAGAGGCCUGUGCAAUGGUUUGGGCCCGGCUCUCUACGGCUUCAUCUUCUUCCUGUUCAACGUGGAGCUGAACGAAGUGGAGCCGAUGGCAGGAAGAUCCACAGCGAGCACACAGAAGCUGGUCGUCCCGGGCCCGCCCUUCCUCUUCGGCGCGUGCAGCGUCAUAUUUGCUUUAGUUGUCGCCUUCUUCAUCCCUGAGCGCCACCAGCUGGCCGAAGUCAAGACCUGCACCGCCAACAAGGCCGGCAGCAGCUCCGCCACACACGCUCAGAACGGCAGCCCUCUUGCCGUGCCCAUCAGCGACACAGAGGACCUCGAGCCGCUGCUGCAGGACAGUGUCAUGUGACUCGUAGGCAGUCUGGCCAAUUACAAAACAGAGUCUUGUAUGCAAGUUCCUCCCCCUGUUAAAAAACAAACAAACCCUCUCUUCCCCCGAUCCAGACCGUCGGGGAACGUUAGGCGGCGGCCUCCCCGGCAAACCGCUUUUUAUCUCACUGAUAUCACUCACCUGUGACUCCUCCCAUUCUUUGCCCAGGUGUGUUUGGGCAGGUAGAACCAAAGGGCUUUGAAGUCUUGCCUCAGUAAGAGUCGAGAUCUCUCCGU